UCACAGUUUGUGCUGUAGCUCACUGUCCUCUCGAACGCUCUAUUGUACGAACGUGAAGGUCUAGCUGCACUAGCAAAAUCUUUGUGCAAGGUUAAGAAAUUCAUCUGUAAAACUGUUAACAGACAAGAUAGUGCAGAAGAGUUAAUUCAAGAUGCUCUCGUUCGCAAGGUCGAGUAGAGCAAUGAAGCCAGCCCAUUUGUUCAACAGCUGGAAGUCCUGCGCGUUGACUCUAACCGCCGGCACCCACGCCCACACACUUCCCAGGCGUGAGAAGAACGUGGUGUACAGCGAUAUACCUGACAUACCUACUCCUCACAUUGACUUACCAGGGCUCAUCUUCUCUAGGGCCAAGAACUGGAUGAACCAUGAUGCCAUAGAGUGUGGGAUAACAGGAAGGAAAUACACGUACGCGGGAAUGAUAGACCGAGCACUGAGGUGGGGCGGUGUAGUACAACAGGUACUGUCAGCGCCCUCCUCCUCCAAGCUGAUCACCCUCUUCUGCUCCAAUGCCCCAGAAUUUCCCAUCCUCUUGCUCGGCAGUCAGGCCGUAGGCGUCACCAUCACCACCAUCAGCUCUGCCUCUACUGUAGAGGAGUUGGCCAGACAGUUGGAAGAUAGUGGGACGGAGGUGGUGGUAACGGAUCCCCAGUUUGAGGAAGUGUUGAUGUCCGCCCUGGCCAGACUCAACAAGGUGAUGACAAUCUUUGUGAACGGCGACUCCGCCCACGGACACCCCAACCUCCGUCAUAUCAUCGAGGACGACUCCAAGCCUCUUGUUGAGCCCGUGGAGAAUCCUCUUACAUCAACGUCCCUCCUCCUGUACUCCAGCGGCACUACAGGCAAGCCCAAAGGCGUGGAAUUGUCUCACAGUGCCAUCGUUUCCAACUUAGUCAACUUCUCCCAUCCUGACUUACUAGCUUACCGUUGUGCUACAGCCAAAGAGCAAGAAGUUGUGGUUGGAGUGAUGCCCUUUUACCAUACCUAUGGUAUCUACGUUGUGGGUUUAAUUUCCUGGUACUUGGGCGCCAAAAUCGUCACCCUGCCAGCCUUCACUCCCCACGACUUCGUCAGGGUCGUCAAAGACCACAAGGUAAGGAUCCUUCACCUGGUGCCUCCUAUUCUAAACUUUAUGGUCAUGUCUCCUACCGUGACCCCAACUGACCUGGUGAACGUAGAAGUUGCCAUGUGUGCUGGGGCACCUGUACCAGUCACAGCAGCCGAGGCCCUUAAGAAGAAGGCGCCCAAACCUAUUCUCUUCCAGGAAGGGUUUGGCAUGACAGAGGCCUUAGCCACACACAUGACACCUGUUAAUGAGGAAAAGAUCGGCUCGUGUGGCAAGUGUUUACCCAACGCCAUGGCCAAGGUCGCGGACUUGAGCACGGGGAAGGCACUGCCGGCAGGAGAAAGAGGCGAGCUACGUAUAAAGUCCCCUUCGCUAAUGAAAGGCUACCACAAAAACCCGACUGCCUUCGCUGAAAGCUUCGAUGACGACGGCUGGUUCUGUACAGGGGACGUGGCAACGCAAGAGAACGGUUUCUUCUAUAUUGUCGAUAGGAUCAAGGAGCUUAUUAAAGUCAAGGGUUACCAGGUAUCACCGUCAGAGUUGGAAGACUUGCUACUCCAGCACUCAGGGGUGAAAAAUGUUGCUGUGGUUGGCGUACCUGAUGAACGGGCAGGGGAGAUGCCGAGGGCCUACGUUAUCAGACAAGAUGACACGACGGAGGAAGAUUUAAACAAGUUCUUAGAACCCCGAGUGGCAGCUUACAAGUACCUGAAGGGCGGCAUCAAAUUUGUCGACGAACUACCUACCAACGCGACGGGCAAAGUGCUCAAGAGGCAACUGAAGGAAUUGGCUGCCAAAGACCUAUGAGUAAAACCAAUUUGUGGUCUUGUACGUCAAUACAAAUAAUGCGUCCAUAAACUGUGUAUCAUUUAAAGUCUUAACACACGCCCUUACAAUGUAGCAUGUAAGUUGGGAAAGGAAGAAAAUUCUGGAAGACCCUUACUUGGAACAUAUUUUUAUCCGGAUAAAAGAAAAAGACUUGUUAUAUAGUGGAUUAAUUUACUUAUUCGUGGAAUGUACAAUCAAAGACAAAAGUAGUGUCGCAGUUUUGUCCAAAAAUUAAAUAUAACUCGUGAAACAAUAUGAGAACCCCUUACCACAAGGCAGAGCCCACCAAAAGUUUAGCCUUUUGGCAUAAUUAUGUUUUCACCACAUUUCACGGCACGACUUUUGUCUUUCAUUUUACAGUACAUUCAGACACGGAAAAAAGGUUUGUCGGUCCUCCAACCUAAGACUCAAGAACCUGUGAUGUUUCGAAUUCACAAGUUCAUGGAUGAGACGGAGGACUGACAAGACUUUUUUCGGUGACUGUACCUGUGACAUUAAAUUUACUGGUGCAGUUCACCAAGAUGUCUGUGUUAAAUAUCUCAAGCAUUUAUUCUCAGCACUGUAGACUCUGUACAGAACAGGCUGUUCAGAUUAGCAGUGCCCUACGGCCCGAGAAGCCCAGACUAGGGGGCCGGGGAAGUGACUUUUCAUGUCUAUGUGCCCGGCGAGGCGGACAAACCAAUAUUUCGAGGUAAACAUCGAGACUGGAACUUGUUUAACCAGAGAGGUCAUCAGAGUACCAGGAUUAGAGACCAAAAUAAAGUGCAGGUAAUUUACCUCUACAUUAAGCCGGCAGCUCGUCUCUUGUCAGUAAGUCAAGUUGUCAACAAUGCAAAGGAAUCACCAAGCUAUGAGGCUGUGAGGUAACAGGAGUUGGGAAUUGACAUGACAAGUGUUACCUUCACCGAAACCAGAAUAUAGGUGGGAGAGGAAAAUGGUAGUUAAGGUUGUUUAUUGUUUUAUGUAUUGGAGAGACUUUUAUUCAAGUACUUCAUCUUUCAAUAAAAAACUAUAUGAGUAA